GGGGCCGAGGAGGGACAUUUUAAAAGGGCCGGAAAUUGCGGGCGUCAGUGGCCAUGGCGGAUACAGCGACUACAGCAUCGGCGGCGGCGGCGGCGAGUGCCGCUAACGCCACGACCGAUGCACCCCCGUUCCAGCUGGGCAAACCCCGCUUCCAGCAGACGUCCUUCUAUGGCCGCUUCAGGCACUUCCUGGAUAUCAUCGACCCGCGCACUCUCUUUGUCACUGAGAGACGUCUCAGAGAGGCUGUGCAGCUGCUGGAGGACUACAAGCAUGGGACCCUACGCCCAGGGGUCACCAACGAACAGCUCUGGAGUGCACAGAAAAUCAAGCAGGCUAUCCUACACCCCGACACCAACGAGAAGAUCUUCAUGCCAUUCCGAAUGUCAGGUUACAUUCCGUUUGGGACACCAAUUGUGGUGGGUCUUCUCUUGCCCAACCAGACACUGGCGUCCACUGUUUUCUGGCAGUGGCUGAACCAGAGCCACAACGCUUGUGUCAACUAUGCAAACCGCAAUGCUACCAAGCCUUCGCCUGCGUCCAAGUUCAUCCAGGGUUACCUGGGUGCUGUCAUCAGUGCUGUCUCCAUCGCUGUGGGCCUUAAUGUCCUGGUACAGAAAGCCAACAAAUUCACGCCUGCCACCCGCCUGCUCGUGCAAAGAUUCGUGCCAUUCCCCGCUGUCGCCAGCGCCAACAUCUGCAACGUGGUCCUGAUGCGCUACGGGGAGCUGGAGGAAGGGAUCGACGUCUUGGACGGUGACGGCAACCUCGUGGGCUCCUCUAGGAUCGCAGCCAGACACGCCCUGCUGGAGACGGCGCUGACCCGCGUGGUCCUCCCCAUGCCCAUCCUGGUGCUACCCCCGAUCGUCAUGUCCAUGCUGGAGAAGACAGCGCUCCUGCAGGCUCGCCCCCGGCUGCUCCUCCCCGUGCAAAGCCUCGUGUGCCUGGCAGCCUUCGGCCUGGCCCUGCCGCUGGCCAUCAGCCUCUUCCCGCAGAUGUCAGAGAUCGAAACCUCCCAGUUAGAGCCUGAGAUUGCCCGGGCCACGAGCAGCAGGACCGUGGUGUACAACAAGGGGCUGUGAGUGGCGGCGGCGGCCCGGAGACGAAGCGGGGGCCAGGCAGGGAGUCUCCUGGGCUGACCCACGGGGAGUGGGGAGUGGACCCCGACAGCACCCCCCACCCCCACCCCCCCUCCAGGGGAACACUGACUGCAGGGGUAGGGAGACUAAUCUAUUCACAAGUUAACAACAUAGAGGAGAGGAAUGCUGACGUGUUUCCUAGACAAAGCGUAAUAAUCAAGUGCAUUUCUGGGCCUUACCUGGGGUGGUCGGACCUCUCCUCAGCACAAUCCCUUGGGGAAGCUGAAAGCCUGUCGAGUGCCCACAGGGUAGAGUUAGGAUCCUUUUAUACUUUUGGUUCCUUUUUUUAUUUUUAUUUUUGUAUCAGAAGCACGUCUGAGCUUUGGCUGCGGCUGCCCCGAUGUGGCAGGUGGCUGGUUGGUGUGGUGGCCACGCUGAGUGCCGAU